AUGGCACCGGCCACAGCUUCACAGAAGCAGAGCAUCGCUCAGUUCGUAGCUCUGACGGACUGCACCGAUGCAGCUGCAUCCAAGUUUUUGAGAUCCGCGCAGUGGAACAUUGACCGUGCAGUGGAUAAUUACUUCACCAGCCGCUGGAAUACUGGCGAUGAUAAAAUCACCGCGGCAUUGAACAAAAUCUUUGACAAGUACCGAGAUGAUACACAGAAAGAGGCCGCUGUCAUCAGCAUCGAAGGAGCCAUGCAAUUCCUGAGUGACAUCAAUGUCCAACUAGACGAGGUCACCUGCCUGGGCAUCAUGGAGCUUUGCAAAUGCCCGACGAUGGGCGAGUUUCCACAAGAAGGCUUCGUGACUGGCUGGAAGGAGGCAAAAUGCGACACCAUCCCCAAAAUGGCCGAGCAUGCCAACCAACUCCGGGCCACAAUUCCCACAGACAAGGACCUCUUCCGUCGCGUGUACUGCCACACAUUCCCCAUCUCCCGCAUGGCAGGUCAGCGCAAUCUCCCCUACGACCUAGCCGCCGAGCAGUGGCGUCUGCUCUUCACCGCGGACCGAGGCGGCAUCCCCUGGAGCACCGAGACUACUCCCUGGCUGGAGUGGUGGUUGGAGUUCCUGGAGGAGCGUGGCAAAAAGGCCGUCAGCAAGGACUUGUGGCAGCAGCUUGAGCUGUUCAUGCGCAAGACUAGAGAGGACGAGUCUUUUGGCUGGUGGAGUGCGGACGCCGCCUGGCCCGGUACUCUCGACGACUUUGUGGGCUGGGUGCAGGAGAAGCGUGCUCAGGGGAAUGCCAUGGAGCAUUGA